AUGAGCAGAGGCUGGAUACUGGCUUCUAGCAAAUGCUGCUGGGAAGCCAUUCCCAGGCAGCAUAGAGACAGUCAGCUCCAGGAUGCCUCCUGUCCAUUUUCCAGCCGCCAAAGAAGGGGCCUUCUCACUCUAGAAGAGUGGAGUGAAGAGCCCUCAGCGGUGGAGGAGACACACGGGAAGACUCGCCACAUGCCACUCCCACCAGCUGAGAAGUAUUUUUUGAGUUUUGGUUUGGCCCACAAAGGCGUUGGAAGAAGCCGGUCAACUAUGGCUUUAGCAGAUAAGAGACUUGAGAACCUGCAGAUCUACAAAGUUCUUCAGUGUGUUCGGAACAAAGACAAGAAGCAGAUAGAGAAGCUGACCAGGCUCGGAUAUCCUGAACUCAUCAAUUUCACAGACCCGGUCAAUGGAAACAGUGCUCUGCACUUAGCCUCAGUUUCCAAUGACAUCGACAUGGUCAGCUUUCUCCUGAGCCUUGGUGCUCACCCUGAUGUGCAAGACAAAAUGGGCUGUACUCCGACUAUGAGGGCUGCAGAACUGGGCCACGAAUUGUCCAUGGAAAUAUUAGCCAAAGCAAAAGCUGAUAUGACUAUUGUUGAUAACGAAGGAAAAGGUAUUUUGUUUUACUGCAUUUUACCUACUAAGCGGCAUUAUCGGUGCGCGCUGAUUGCCUUGGAACAUGGUGCGGACGUCAACAACUGUACCUGUGAGGGAAAGCCGAUAUUCCUUAGAGCUUGUGAAGAAGCGCAUGAUGUGAAGGAUGUGUGCCUGACGUUUUUGGAAAAAGGAGCCAAUCCAAAUGCUAUCAACACAUCCACAGGUCGCACGGCUUUAAUGGAAGCAUCAAGAGAGGGAGUGACAGAGCUAGUUCGAGGGAUAUUGGAAAGAGGAGCGGACGUGAGUGCAUUUGACAAUGACAGACAUCAUGCCGCACACUUUGCUGCCAAAGGAGGCUUUUUUGAUAUACUGAAGCUGCUUUUUGCGUACAACGGAGACAUGGGGCUGGUUGCAAUGAAUGGCAACACACCACUUCAUUAUGCUGCCAUGGGUGGUUUUGCAGAUUGCUGUAAAUAUAUAGCUCAGCGAGGAUGUGACCUAAGAUGGAAGAAUCUGGAGCAUAAAACACCGAGGAACUUGGCUAAGGAAGGCGGCUUCAAAGCAGCCAGCAAAGAAAUACGGCGGGCAGAGCAAAUCGCUAAUAAACUGGCCAGGCCAGGGGUCAAAAAUCCGAAUCCGCCCUUGUUCCUGAGACUUCACGAUUGGUCAGUAGAACAUGAGACUUUCCUUCGGGAAGCCUUCUCGUUUGUGGACAGGGGCGAUGGGACAGUCACCAAGGAGGACUUUGUGCUGACCCUGGAGGAGAGGCAAGAUUUUGUGAACUCAGAGCAGCUGGCUGCUAUAGCUCAACUUCACGAAAAAGUCCGGGGUGGAGGGGUCAAUAUUAAUGAGUUCUUUAAAGGGACCAGAUAUUUAAGUAAGUCUUAUGUUUUGGGAUCCUAUGGGCCUAAGAAAAAGAAAAAAGGGAUGGCCAAAAAAGCCAGAAUGGGCAAGUUUGUUUUACCCCUCCCCAUCUGUGUCAUCCCCGACCACGUGUUUCCACGCCGCAGCGACGGUGGGCCGCCCUAUUAUAUGAUCGAAACCUACAAGAAUGUGACUGAUUGCAACCGCUUUAACAGAGAUCACCCCCCAGAACAUCCCAUUCAGGAUGACUCUGCUUGGUAUAUUGAUGAUCCAGGGAAGGUCUUUUCAAACAUUAAUUUUAUCACCAAGGCAGGAGACCUGGCUUCUCUGAAAAAGGCUUUUGAAUCAGGAAUACCUGUGGAUAUGAAGGAUAAUUACUAUAAGACACCGCUAAUGACUGCAUGUGCCACUGGAAACAUCGAUGCAGUCAAGUUUCUUCUUGAAAAAGGGGCUAAUGUUAAUGCAACAGAUAAUUUUCUGUGGACUCCUCUUCAUUUUGCAUGCCAUGCUGGCCAACAAGAUAUUGUUGAGCUUCUUGUUAAAUCUGGAGCCGUGGUAGAUGCCCUUUCAAUCAACAACUCAACUCCUUUAAGUAGAGCCAUUGAGAGCUGUAGACUGGAUGCUGUAAAAUACCUACUUGACAUCGGUGCUAAAUUCCAGUUGGAGAAUAGGAAAGGGCAUGCUGCCAUGGAUGUUGCAAAAGCUUAUGCUGACAGUAGAAUAAUUGGUUUGAUUAAAGAAAAGCUGGAUAACUUGCCCAAACCAGCAGAAAAUAAAAAACCAAAAGGCAAGCCACCACCCAAAGCAAAGACUGAAGGCCCGGAAAUUAAGAAGGAAGAGGAAACACUUUCAGCAAUGUACACUGUACCAGCCAUAGUGGAGGAAAAGAAGAUGCGUAAAGAUAAUGUAGUUCAUCUCAAUUCAUUGAUUACCAGUGGUUCUACCAAGAAAGUGGAUAUCACGUUUAUCCCACAGAGAACCUGGAGUCCUGAAGCCACGACAGCAGAGCUGAUCAGAAUGAGGGAACUGCGCCGGGAGAGGCUCACAUAUGAGGUAGAUUUUGAUGACUUCAUGAUGCCCUUUCAGAAGCACAUCACAGAGAGAGCACAAGCAGUGGAAGCUAGCUUCAAGACGUAUAGCACAGCGGCUGCAUCUCAGAAUAAACAACAUUUUGAGGCCCAGGGACCAAAUGUUGGAGAAAGUAGAUUCCCAUCAAAGUCAAAGCAACUCACAAGUUAA